GGUUGAACAGCGUUGCCCUCCUCAGUCUCUUCACAGAGCCCUCUCAGCCCCUCCCUGAGGAGCAGAAUCCUGUGGAGAUGCCCUUCCACCACUGCCACAGGGACCCCCUGCCGCAGCCGGGUCUCACCCCAGAGAGGCUGCAGGCACAGAGGCAACUGUGUGCCGCCUGCGCUGUGUGCUGCAUCUUCAUGGCUGGGGAGGUGGUCGGUGGGUAUUUGGCACACAGCCUGGCCAUUAUGACUGAUGCAGCCCACCUCCUGGCAGAUGUGGGCAGCAUGAUGGGCAGCCUGUUCUCCCUUUGGCUCUCUACCCGCCCAGCCACCCGCAUCAUGACCUUUGGCUGGCACCGCUCAGAGACUCUGGGGGCUUUGGCCUCUGUGGUCUCCCUCUGGAUGGUCACUGGCAUCCUCUUGUACCUGGCCUUCAUCCGCCUGCUGCACAGCGACUACCACAUCGAGGGGGGUGCCAUGCUGCUGACCGCCAGCAUCGCAGUCUGUGCCAAUCUGCUGUAUGUUCCAGCCUGGAGCAGGCACUACGUGGGACUCAGGGCGACAGAAUGGCCUUUGUGCUGCACCAGGCCGGCCCCCCCCACAGCCAUGGGUCUAGGGGUGCGGAGUAUGCACCGCUGGAAGAGGGGCCCGGGGAGCCCCUGCCCCUGCCCCUGGGGAACACCAGCGUCCGGGCAGCCUUUGUGCAUGUGCUGGGGGACCUCCUGCAGAGCCUUGGGGUACUUGCCGCCUCCGUCCUCAUCUACUUCAAGCCCCAGUACAAAGCGGCCGACCCCAUCAGCACCUUCCUCUUCUCCAUCUGCGCACUUGGCUCCACAGCUCCCACCCUCCGAGAUGUUCUUCGCGUCCUCAUGGAAGGUAGCCCCCGAAAUGUGGGAUUUGAGCCCGUGCGGGAUACACUGUUGUCAGUGCCAGGAGUCCGAGCAACUCAUGAGCUACAUCUGUGGUCCCUUACGCUCACUUACCAUGUGGCCUCUGCACACCUGGCCAUUGACUCCACGGCCGAUCCUGAGGCUGUCCUGGCUGAAGCCUCAUCCCGGCUCCACUCCCGGUUUGGAUUCUCCAGCUGUAUCCUGCAGGUUGAGCAGUACCAGCCGGAGAUGGCCCAGUGUCUGCGCUGCCGGGAACCCCCCGAAGCCUGAGCCUUGGCCCCACCUCACGCCCCUGCCAGGCCCUGGCUCAGCCCCCUGACUCUCAGCACCUGCCUCCCUGCUCAUGGAGAAGGGACAGAGCUGGGCCUGUACCCUUCCUCUCUCCUUCCUUCCACUUGCCGAAUCCCAAGUCCCCAGCCUCAGUGGGCAAGACCAAAGUGUGGGGUCAGGGAAUCAGGCUGAGCAGGACAAUCAGUGCAGCAGGGUGUGUAAAGUCCCUCUGUCCCUGCUCCCCACAGUCUGGAUAGCGUGAGUGUCCUUUCCAUGCACUUCACUUGUCUGUGUGGCUGGCUGGGGACAGCUGCCUGUCUGUGUGCUGUUGGUGUGCCUGUGCCUGGGGGAGGUCGUCAGGGGCCCCUCCCCACAUGGCCCUCGCUCUGUCUAUGCAGGAGCCCCAGAGCCCGCACUUUGUCCGUGUGUUCUAGCCCUGUGGUUUUGUCUCUGUGGUCUUGGUGCUGUGGCCUGUGUCUGUGCCUGUGUGGCUGUGCAAUGGUCUCUAUGAGUCAAUACCCUCCAUGUGUCCAUUUGGGGGUCUGUCUGUCUGUCCCUUUGUUGGUGCUGUGCCCUCGGCUAUCCCAGAAAGAGGGAGGACUCUGCUGCAGCUCCAAUAAACUUGUGUCUGACUGCAUCUUUCAGCUCUGUGUACUGACUCCUCAGGAGGAAAUAGAAUCCUGCAGCCAGUGACCUCCCACAGCCCUCCUCUCCCCUCCUCCUUUCUACCCUCUCUACCUCCAAUAUCCAUUCCCAUGUAGGCUAAACACCCCCAGUCCCUUUACUACUUUCCACCUCUUCACAACCUGAGUCCUUGGCUCAGGUCGUCCCCAGGGGCCCUGGGCUUGAUUGCAGGAGAAAGCUGGAAGGCAAGGGGCCAUGGGACCCUGGAGAGCCAUUCCUAAGGGCUCCUGCAGGCCAUAGUGUGUCCCUUUUGGGGAGAGUGGUGGGUUGGACCACAGUGCUAACGUCAGCCCCUGUUCUCAAACUGUGUAAGGUGCUGGGGAGGGGCCCUCAGUCCUGGCUGCCCCAAUCCUGGCUGACAGCAGUCAACCCUGAGCCCGGUUUUGGGCUUUGGACACCAAAGACCUCUUUGGCAAUUACUCCCCCUUUGCUUUAAGAAUCAUAUUCUGACAGAUUUGAUCUUACAAACCAGAUUCAUUAAGAGAAUGUUGAUUUUCUCUUCAAAAAUCAAACUUUUUGUGCUUUUUUAGAUCUAGUGCUUUGGAUCAGCAGGAAUUCACUGGUCUUCCCACCCUAGGUUGAUAAAUUCCAGCUUGAAGCCAAGACACUGACAUUUUCAUUAGCCUAUACAUAAUUCUGCAAGGGUUUCUUGUGCUUAAUGGAAAUAUCUUCAUGAAAAAAUUGUAUUUUUUAUUAUAAAAGCAAUCUGUGCUUUCUUGGAAAGCCCAACAAAGGAAAAGUAUAUAAAGUAGAAAGUGAAUGUUUCCUCCAUAAUCUUCCUUCCAGAGGUAAUGCUAUUCACAGCUCAGUAUCUCUCCUCCCAUAUUUUUAUGUUUGUACAAACAGUUCUAUAUGAUAACAUAAAUGGG